AUGACCACCGCUCACAUUUCUUCUCCCUUGCCGCAGGACCUGUCGAGAUCCGUGACGACGAGUCCUGCCCAGCUACCUUGCGCGCCUCUAUCUUUAUUUGCCAGCUCGUCCAGUUCUUCGCGAUCUGACCGUCGUUCCGUUGGGGCUAACAUUGGCGCCGAGAUCGAAGCGGAACAAUUUUCUAAGCAGGGUAAUCAUUGGCGGGGUUCAGUAUUUAGAAAGCUGGCGGGACCACGGGAGAACGCAAAGCGCCUGCUCCGCUUGGGGGCGCACUCAUCUUCUCCGUCUUCUUCGCCACCUGUCCGCCCCAUGCAACGAACUCGCCGCCCACGUCCUGUCUCCGAGAUUGUGCUCUCGCCUGGAGAUGCACAAAUGCUCGCCGCUCCGAAUUUAGGCACGGGGAGACUGCGCGCCGGCUCGUCGCCGACCGCUUCUAUCUCCCAUUCCUCUUCGGCUUCCACUCAUACCACGGCGCCGUCGUCCGAUCCCACCGUGCCCUUCCCCACGCUGAACAACGAGAAGAUCGUGGCGUCCGGCAGCGGCAUCUCGGUGGGAAUUGCUCUCACAGAACCCGUUCUGUUUCUUCAAGGUUACGAUCAGAAUGACCCCAGCACCAAAAAAUCCGCCAUCCUGCGCGGGCAAUUGCAUCUCAAGAUCACCAAAAGCGUAAAGAUCAAGAAGAUCUCGAUCUGCUUCCGUGGUCAGGCGCAGACCGACUGGCCCGACGGAAUUCCACCCCGAAAAAUCCACUUCCAUGACAAGAAGGACCUGGUCACUCACGGUGUCAUGUACUUCAACCAUGGCGACACCGCCUUGAUGCAGAAUGAUUACGGUGCUCACUUCUACCAACAUGCGAAACCGAUUACCUCCGUUUCUGGCAAAGAUGUUCCGACCGCGGUCACUCGCGAAAUCUUUUCCAAGAGCGGAUCGUCGGUCUCGCUGCAGACCGGUCAGGCCACAAGCCGAGAGCUCAAACGACUCUCGCUUCAAUCCAACCAGUCCCGCAGUUUCGGCAAAAGCGAUGCCCCAAUCGUUCCGCCCGCUCCGCAACGCAAUUAUCGUAUGUUCCCUGUAGGGGAUUACCUAUACAGCUUCGAGUUCCCAAUUGAUGGAUCUCUCCCGGAGACGAUCAAAACGGAUCUAGGGUUUGUUCGGUAUGACCUCGAGGCUAUCGUCGAGCGCGCGGGUGCAUUCCGUCCUAACCUGCUGGGUAAUUUGGAGGUGCCCGUGAUUCGCACCCCGGCGGAAGGCUCGCUGGAGCAGGUCGAACCGAUCGCCAUCUCCCGCAAUUGGGAAGACCAACUGCACUACGAUAUUGUGAUCUCGGGAAAAUCUUUUCCUUUGGGCAGCCAGGUUCCCAUCGCGUUCAAACUGACUCCCCUAGCCAAGGUGGAAUGCCAUCGGAUCAAGGUCUACGUGACCGAGAAUACCCAGCACUGGACUGCAGACAAAUCUGUGCACCGGUUCGCACCGGCCAAGAAGGUGCUUCUGUUUGAAAAGCGAGCGGACUCCGUCAGCUCCAGCACGUACCCCGGCAGUUCGAUGCGAGUCACCUCGGGCGGUGGCAUUGCCUACGACCAUCGUGCGGCUGCCGCCAGAGGGGAGGAAGUCGUGGAUCGAAAUCGGACCAACCUUCUGGGAGACCUUUCGACUGAUGCCGGCGUUGGACCGACCGAGAUGGAGUUCAAUGUCCAACUCCCUAGUUGCCAUGAGAUGAGGAACCGGGAGGAGUCCCAGCGGCUGCAUUUCGACACCACCUAUGAAAAUAUUCAGAUUAACCACUGGAUCAAGAUUGUGUUGCGUCUCUCUAAGCCGGACGAAAGAGACCCUAACAAGCGUCGACACUUCGAAAUUUCCAUCGACUCUCCUUUCCACCUCCUCUCCUGCAAGGCUACCCAGGCCAACAUCUACCUGCCGGCGUACACUUCGCCCAACUCCGAUCCGGUGCCCCAAGCGCAGGAAUACGAAUGCGGGUGUCCCGGUGCGCCCGUCGUGUCCCGCCAAAGCUCUAGUAGCCUUGCGCGCCCGUCGGAGGAUCCAGAGGAGCCGCCAACCGGACGGGCUGUCUCUCGAAGUUUCACCAGCGGCUCGGGUGGUUUGGCCCGACCUCCCCAGGCGCAUCUUGCCCAUGAAUCAGAUGAGCGGAGGCCUGAACCCGAGCCAGCACCGCGGCCCAUGCAUCUUCUGCGGGCUCCCUCCUUCGCGCCUCCCGCCUUCGAAGAUCUACCACCUCCGCCCCCGCUGGUGACACCGCCUCCGGAGUACACCACUAUUGUCGGUGACAACGAUCGGGAGACGAUCCUCGAGGAUUACUUCUCGCGGCUGUCUACAUACGAAGACUCUGCGGACGACGAACGAGGUCGCGGGCGGGUCGAUGUGCCUCUGACUCCCGGCGGGCGUAUAAAUCGCAGCAUGGACGUCCCCCGAGAAUGGGUUCGUCUAGACCAGUCAGCCACCUAG